CAGCAGGAGUGUUCAACAUUCCAUAGAUACCACUUGAUAAACUCCUGCAUUGAUACGACCCACCAUACCUCAUACACAGCAUCACUCAAUGGCCCACAUGCAAGUAGACGCCCCCGCAACCUCGUCCACCGCUUCCACCAUGCCUCCUCCUACUCAGGGAACCGACGGCGUCGAGGUCGCUGCCAUGACCAGCAAGGACUACUACGCCGACUCGUACGCUCAUUUCGGUAUCCACGAAGAGAUGCUCAAAGACACCGUCCGAACCCUCUCUUACCGAAACGCCAUCCUCCAAAACCCUCACCUGUUCAAGGACAAGGUCGUCCUCGACGUAGGAUGCGGGACGGGAAUCCUGUCCAUGUUCUGUGCAAAGGCUGGGGCCAAGAUGGUCAUCGGGGUGGAUAUGAGUAAUAUCCUGGAUCAGGCUCAGAAGAUUGUGGAGAAGAACGGGUUUGCCGAUAAAAUCACCCUGAUCAAGGGAAAGAUCGAGGAGAUCGAGCUCCCCGUCAAGGAGGUCGACAUCAUUGUAUCAGAAUUCAUGGGAUACUUGCUCAUCUUCGAGUCGAUGACCAACUCGGUGCUUUACGCUCGUGAUCGAUACCUCAAAAAGGACGGCCUGUUGUUCCCGGAUCAGUGUACCAUGUACUUGGCCGCUAUCGAGGAUGCUGAUUACAAGGAGGAGAAGAUCGGAUUCUGGAACGACGUCUACGGGUUCGACUACUCCCCGAUGCUCCCGAUCGUAUUGAAGGAACCUCUGGUGGAUUGCGUCGAGCUGAAGAGCGUCGUCACCAAGCCUUGUCUCAUCAAGGACAUCGACCUGAAGACGGUCAAGAUCGAGGAUCUCGACUUUACCGCUCCGUUCGAGCUGGAGGCUACUCGACAGGACUACGUCCACGCUUUCUUGGGUUGGUUCGACACCCACUUCAACGCUUGUCACAAGCGAAUCUCGUUCAGCACUGGACCCCACGCCAAGUACACACAUUGGAAGCAGACCGUCAUGUACACCCAGGACACCAUCGCCGUCAACGAGGGCGACAAGAUCACUGGUGUCUUUUCGUGCAAGGCAAACGCGAGGAACCCGCGAGAUCUCGACCUCGGCAUCGAGUACGAGGUCAAGGGACAGCACCCGUCCAAGGACAGCUUGCAGUACAAGAUGUCGUAAACCCCAAAAAUCCCCAUCGCGACCUUUUCUCCCUCACACCCCUCCUCCCUCCAACAAACACCCUUGGUCAUCUUUUCGCUCCCGCCCCUCUUCUUUCUGCGAUCUCUGGCAUUCAUGUGCGCUGUUACGAAAUGUUGUUUGGGUAGCAUGCAUAGGCUCAAGCUUCCGUUCGAUAUGAGAUGAUGACACCAUGCGAUUUCGUGAGGACCC